UUGGUUCUCCAGCCUCCAAAUAUGGUAGCUGAACGAGAUAAGGAUCUCUACGAACAACUCCUUGUGAUUGUGAACCCCUUGACAAGAAAAAAGAACCUGGAUGAAGAGGUCCUUUUUGCGACAGCUUUGAAGGCGCUAUCAGGUGUUGUCUACAAGAUAAGCACUAUUUACCAUGCUUCACUUCUAAGAAAUAUUUUCACAAUGUGUAUUUGGGACUAUGGUUUGGAUACCAGAACUGCUCUGUUAGAAUUAAUUGCUAACUUGGCUGUCGUACCAGACAAGUUUCUUGAAGAUAGCUUAGAGAUGCUGGUAAGAAACUUUCAGCCACCAGAAAGGAUGUGUGGAUAUAUAUGCCAGACAAGAUGGUGUGGAGAAAGGAAAAGGAUUAAUGGACAGCUACAUGAAACUUUGUGUUCUAUCACUCAUUUGGUGCCCCUUGCUCCUUUCAAGCUAAAGGGUAUUCUUCAUAGAAUGAUGCCGACAUUCCGUACUAGGAAAGCGGUAAAUGUGAAAUUUUAAUUAGCUCAUUUUUUAUGUUAAUAUCUCUUAAAUUUUCCUAUUUAGCACCUUAAUAAACUUGAGCAUUACAUUGCAAACACUUGAAUCAUAGUUUUAAUAUUCUUGAUUCAAUAUUCAUUAUGUUGAGAAGGACAAAAGAUGACACAUAAUUUGCAAGUUCAUGAUUUUAUAAUGUUUGUACACCUACCUUUCCUGUCUUUUUGUGCUGCUUAAACAUCUUUUUGAUUGGUAAUCACUUUAUUAUUAGUUACAUUAGCUAAUAUAGCCUUGCUAUAGCCCACCUUUUCAUUAUAUUUUUGACAAUAAUCUUGAUUAAAUCAAUAGUCUAAUUUAACUGUAUAAA